AUGUUGGUAUUGAACUGGUCCAUCCGUGGAACGAACACGUCAGCCCAUCUGGUCGGUGGUUUCCCUCGAGGACGUUUUGCUUCGAAUCCAUUCCAGAGUUCUCAGUGUCCAUCUGUCGUCUGUCCUUCUCAUUGUAUGACCAUCGAUGCUUUGCCUAAGAAACGUAUUCCGCUGGGUCGCGAAGACGAGACAUUGAUCUCAUAUCUGAACUGCGAAGUCCUACUAGAUGUUGAGAGCGUCGGUUGUACUCCAGAGGACGUCUUUGACGUAGCCACAGGUUUUUGA